AUGGGUGAUUAUCCAAAAGCACUUUCAGCUCAUGAAAAAGCGCUUGCAAUUCGACAACAAUCGCUUCCUUUCGAUCAUCCAGAUUUGGGUGCUUCUUAUAAGAACAUCGGAUUACUGUAUGACAACAUGGGUGAUUAUCCAAAAGCACUUUCGUAUUAUGAAAAAGCUCUUGCGAUCAAACAACAAUCACGUUCCUCUAAUCGUCCUAGUUUGGGUGCUUCGUAUAACAGUAUCGGUGUGGUAUAUGAAAACAUGGAUGAUUAUCCAAAAGCACUUUCUAAUUAUGAAAAAGCGCUUGCAAUUCAACAACACUCACUUCCUUCUAACCAUUCAGAUUUGGGUGCUACUUAUACGAAUAUCGGAUUACUGUAUGACAGCAUGAGUGAUUAUCCAAAAGCACUUUCUUUUUAUGAAAAAGCUCUUGCAAUUCAACAACAAUUACUUCCUUCCAAUCAUCCUGAUUUGGGUGAUACAUAUAACAACAUCGGUUUAGUGUAUUACAGCAUGCGUGAUUAUCCAAAAACACUUUCGUAUUUUAGGAAAGCCCUUGCAAUUCGACAACAAUCACUUCCUUCGAAUCAUCCUGACCUGGGUGCUUCGUAUAACAACAUCGGUUUAGUGUUUUACAACAUGCGUAAUUAUCAAGAAGCACUUUUAACUCAUGACAAAGCCCUUGAAAUCAAACAACAAUCACUUCUUUUCGAUCAUCCUAGUUUCGGUAGUUCCUAUAACAACAUCGGUAAUGUGUAUGAUAGUAUGGGUGACUAUCCAAAAGCACUUUUAGCUCAUGAAAAAGCUCUUGCAAUCAAACAACAAUCGCUUCCUUCCAAUCAUCCAGAUUUGGGUAGUUACUAUAACAACAUCGGUAAUGUAUGUGAGAAGAUGAGUGAUUUUCCGAAAUCACUUUUUUAUUAUGAAAAAGCCCUUGCAAUCAAAGAACAAUUACUUCCUUCCAAUCAUCCUGAUUUGGAUGCUUCCUAUAACAACAUCGGUGUUGUGUAUCAGGAAAUGGGCAACUAUUCAAAAGCUCAUUCAUUUUAUGAACGUGCUGUACAAAUUGGACAACAAUCAUUACCGACAAAUCAUGCUCAUCUUAAAAUAUAUAAAGAAAACUUCGAAGACAUGAAAAAGAAAUUAUAA